GGAAGAAGGCCACUCUCACUCACUGAGGACUGAAGUAGAAGACGAAGCUCGGACAGAAAUGGCGGCUCCUCCUCUCCCCUGAUAAAACCCCUGGCCCUGGCCGGCUCCUCCACCGCGUCUCGAAGCCGCACGUCCGAUCCGAGGAGGGGCGGAGGAAGGAACGAUGAUGCCGCGGCUGCCGUUCAGCCAUCCGCUGGUGCACCCGGACCCCGCUCCGGUUCCGGUUCCGGUUCCGGCGCCGGCGCCGCCCGCUCCCGCUCCGGCUGCGGCUCCCGCUCCCGCUCCAGCUGCGGCUCCGCAGGCCCCGGCGCAGGGGCAGGGCAACGCGGGCCCGAACGCGCCGCCUGGGGUGCUGAUGCACGGCCUACACGGGGGCGCUCUCGUGGCCCGCCUCGCGCAGGCGCUCCUCGCCGCCGCCGCCGUCGCCGCCAUGGUCUCCGCCAGCGACUUCGCCUCCCUCACCGCCUUCCGCUACCUCGUGGCAGCGGAAGCUCUGCAAUGCCUGUGGAGCCUCGCCCUGUCCAUUCUCUACUGCUACGCGCUUCUCGUCGGGCGUUCCUACCGAAGUCCCCGAGCCAUCGCCAUACUCUGCGCCGGGGACUGGAUCACAGGAGUACUGACCUUCACUGCUGCGUGCGCGUCGGCAGGCAUCACCACCUUCGUCAACGAUGACGUGGAAGCUUGCUUUGAGAACCACUGCCCAAGCUUCAUGGCUGCGACCGCCUUGGCUUUCUUGACAUGGUUUACAGUUGCACCGUGCUGUGUCCUCAACCUUGGCUCGGUGAUCCAUAAAUUGCAAAGACCCUAGUUUACAAAACAAGAAUCGGGGUUGGCUUGUGCAGCACAAAUUACAUGGCGUGGCACAGAUAAUUACACUAGGACCGAGAAGCAACGGAUGGUGCGUAUACCUUCUUAUAUACUAGAACCGAGUGGUGAUGUCGGAGCCAUAUAUGGUGGUAGAGGUCAUACAUUUUGUUGGUAUAAGUUUUCCGGUAUUGUCAGACUGAUGGCUACAUAUGUAUAGAGGCUUUUAUAACUGAACAUGUAUGCCAGGUUUUAUGUACUGUCAGUCAAAGUAGGAAAAUGACCCCUCUCUCUCCGUUGUGUUCAUGAGCUGUAGCACAGUGUCAACAACUGCCGAAAUCAUGUGUUCAGCAUGAAUUUAAUGUCUGAAACAGUUCUCUUGGUA